AUUGUGCGUCACUCACGCAUCAAAUAUAAGCUGAACAUGAUCAGCCGAUCUGCAUUAUGUGCAAUCGACUCAAAGUGGAGUUAAAAAAUGAGUGUCUGGAAUAUUUCCUUGUGGUUUGCGGUUCUGUUUCUACAGCAAGUUUUUGGCUGGAGUGACCUAAAGCCAAGGGGCGAAAUCAAAGAAGGAUGCACAGUAACUGAUUUUGCUGAUAUACCGUUCGCCAUUGAGGAAUGCAGUGUUAUAAUUAUGGGAAGUUUUGAGGUACCUGGAGGACAAAUUAUGGAGCUUAAUCUAAGAGAUUACACGACGGUGGUUUUCGCCGGCAAUAUCACAUUUGGUCAUGCCGAAUGGGAGGGUCCUCUGGUUGCUAUUAAUGCUAGCAAUGCUAUUAUUUUUAGUGAAGACGAUGUUAUUUUGGAUGGACAAGGUCAACUCUACUGGGAUGAUGUUGGGGAAUUUGGAAGCCCAAAACCGUUUUUCUUCGUCAUGCAGUUGCACAAUUCCAUUAUGGUCAAGAUGCACAUUUUGAAUCCGCCUAUGCACUGUGCCAUUUUGUCCGAUUCUUCCAAUGUUCAACUUGCUGACUGGAUUAUCGAUAGUGAGGCCGGUGAUGGGACGCCCAGAGCGUGGAACACUGAUGGUUUUGAUGUUUGGAAUGGCACCAACAUUGCCAUUAGAAACUCAUACGUUUUCAACCAAGAUGACUGUGUGGCUCUAAGAUGCGGUGCAAAUAUGUUGGUGGACAACAUGACUUGCUAUCACGGUCAUGGCUUAAGUAUCUCAGUCGGAUUUACCACUGAUUCCUUGGAGCAGAACACUCUUGAGAAUGUGACGAUCAGAAACUCGUUUCUAAGCGGCGGUUGGCAGGCUAUUCAUAUAAAAACCCAUGUGGAUGGCGGUCCAGGAUUAAUACGCAAUAUCACAUACAGUAACAUCCAAUUCGAAGGCGUGGAACACUAUGGUGUGAAUAUUCAAGAAAACUAUCGGGACGCUCCAAAUUCAACCUCACCGCCCUAUCCAAAGAACAAUGUUCCAAUAGUCGAUUUAACUUUAGAGAACAUCAAGGGAACUACUUUAGAUUCGGCUGUACCUAUUUACGUGUUAUGUGCGGAAGAAGGGUGUUUCGACUGGAAGUUCAACAAUAUCAUGAUCGAGUCAAUUAACGGGAAUAAUUGUACAGCUCCCCCUGAGGGUAUUGAAUGCUAACGAUUUUUAUUAGAUUUUCCCGCUAAUUAGUACCAAUCUGAUAAUAAAUAGGAAAACAGUGACAUUUGGAAAUAAGUUAGUUAAGUAGAAAGGUUAAAUGUACGUUUGUGGAUCGGAAAUAGUUGCUUUUGUUUGGGUUCCAAAAUAUUGUGUCCCACUUAGGAAAAUAUUAAUGAAACUGUCGGAUACCAAAAUAUGUUCAAUUCUACUUGAAAAAUAAAACAAAAUUAGAGAACAUUAGCACAUUUAAAUUUAAAAAAUUCGAAAAAGACAUGUUUUCUCAAAUCUCUAAACCUUUUUUAUUCGAGCUAUAAAUAAAAAGUUUUAGGGGACAAAAACAAAUUAACUUUCUCCAAUUCAUUGUAAUUGACAUUGUCUGCGAUCUUUGUGAAGUGUGUGUUUAAGGAUUUUUUUUAUCAGAAUUUCAGUAUUGUAUUUUACACAUUUUAUCGAAGCCGCUAUAUGAGAAUUGAGUGUUUUUUUAUGCUGAAAAAUGUACUUUGACUUGCACAUAUUAAUAGACGUCCUUGAUUUCUAUGUUCUCUGAACUGAAGAUUAUCAAUAAAAGCACUCAAACACU